AUGCCGCCAGACGGCUCCAACCCCCUCAACAACGCGGCUGCCACCUCGUCUUCCGCAUUAAUGGCCAAGGACAGGAUUACUACUGGCAGGAACACUACUACCACCCCUGUCUCCCCCGCCGUCCCUGCCUCCCCUUCCCCUCCAACUGUCGACACUGAAGUCAAAGGCAAAGGCAAGGAACCCAAAGUCCUCGUCUCCAACGCCAAAGAAGCCCUAACAGGAGCAGCACAAACCACCGAAGAUCAUCUGUACUCCAAGAAGACCAAGACCAACUACAAGGGCCAAGUUACGCGAGCGUUGGCGUAUGCUGCAGCACAAACCGAGCCUGGAUGGAGAAAUGCAUUCACCAAGAUCUCUAGUCUUAUGCCCACUGUCUUGAUGGCCUACGUUGCGUCCAAGUGCCAGGGCCAGGAAGGAGACGGACUGUCGUACAAGACCGCCGAGGGCAUCAAAAGCGGGUUAAAGCACUAUUUCAAGACCGAGCUAGGAUGCCUAACGGAUUCAUGGUCCUGUGACAGUGACGGCAACUGCACCGGAAACCCUGUUCAUGAGGUGGCCUUCGAUCGAUACCUUCAGUCUCUCAAGAAUCGUGACGGGCGAGCCGGUACUAGCCGGCAGAGUUUGGCUAUGUUCUACAGUGACAUUGUAACACUCAUGGAGCACCUUCAGAACCCAGCGACUAUCGCGGAGAGAACCGAGGGUCUUUGUUUGUUGUUCCAGGCCUUCGCAGCCACUGGGUUCGCCUUAUGGACCAGAAACGAGGAGCUCACUCGUUUACAAAUGAAGGACAUUGAGCUGGAUCUAUCCACAGGUACUGGUUCACCCUUCUUCACCAUCACGCUGACGUUCCGCAAAACAAACCAAGCAGAUGCCUCGAAGGCCAAUGUUUACCAAAUACACCCACAGCCAGACUACAAGGCUGUUUGCUGUUACACCAAACUGAAGGCCUGGCUGCAGUGGAUGGAAAGGAGUGGACGAAAGCUUCGUUCCGAGGACUACGUGUUUCCGGCAUUGGAUGCACAAGGGCGCAUCAAGUUUCAAGAAGCCCUGUCGCAGACUCGCGUGCAAGGUUGGUUGGACCAGCUCACCAACCAGACAGGUCUUCUUGCAAAACGCAACGGUCGAUUCACCACGUAUUGUUUUCGUCGAGGCGGCGCUCAGUUCCGGUUUAUGUUUGCCAAGGAGAAGUGGUCUCUCAAGGCGGUGAAAUGGUGGGGAGGAUGGUCUGAAGGCGAGGGGACAGGUACCAUCAUGCGGUACUUGUUGGAGGAGUUCACUUGUUACGAGUAUGGCUUUAGCGACAUGCUGUCACCGUCUCGGCAGAACAGCCGGCACGCCGUUUUCAUGGGCGAGACGGACACACCCGGCGCUGCUCCCAUCACGCAAUACAGUCUGGAUGUCUCGCUUCAGUCUCUAAAGGAAGCAAUCAGCGUCGAGAUGAACCAUCGGUCUUCAAUCCAGGAGCAAGAGCUCAAUCACAAACAGGAGGUGGCGAACAAGGCACUUAUAGACUCAGUUAUGGAAUUGAACAAGGCCCUCCAGGAGUCGUUCCUUGCUGCGAUUCGAGGGUUGGGGCAUGAACCCGCUCCAGCUCUAGCUACAAUCCCUGUUCUUCCUAUUCUUCCUAUUCUCCCUGUUCCCGCUAUCCUCCCAGUCUCCGUCCCUGCCCCUGCUCCUACUCCAGCAAGAAAGCAACCACAGCAGGGGGAUGUUGAGCCGCCGCCUGCCCCUUGCAUUCCUACCAUCAAACUAUGGAAAGAGGCUGUCAAGCAGUGGGAAGUUGGAGACCAUGCGAAGGGAUUAACGAUUCCUCUCAGAGACUGGACAGGAUCUAUGCGAAAGACAGACCCUACCAAGUAUUCGCAGAGGAAGCUGAUCGCAAAGGAGUUAGACCGUGUUGGAAGGAACGAGGGCAACAUGAACGACAUCCAUGCUGAGGUGGCGAAUAAGAGAGUGAAGGCCACGGGUGUUGCCCUGGAUGAGAGCGAGGAUGUUAACGAGGUUGAGGUGGUUGAGGAAGACGAUUCAGAGGAGAUGGAAGAGGAGGAGUCAGAGGAGUCAGAGGAGGAUGCCAAUCAAGCGGCUCCCAAGCCCUUCAAGGUUGCGGUCCCUCGUGUUACCAGAAGCCAAAGCAUCACCCCAGCAUUAGUCCAAACAGCUUCUGACCGCUUCACUCCAUCCAAGCAACGACUGAGGAGCAUGAGCGUCGCAAUUCCCUCCUGUGAUGGAGAAGAGGAGGAGGAGGAAAAGGAGGAGGAGAACGGCGAUGAAUUUCGGGAUGUAGCGGAGGAGACCACCAAUAAGUCCGACAAGAUUGUCUUCGAGGCCGGUCACAUCAAGACCUGGUGGGACGAGAUGCUCCGACUCCCAUACGACCAGAGACCGCGCUUCUGUAUUAGUACGCAGUUGGGUGACUCGUUUCUGGACAUCAGCAAGGAAGCUCUUCUGGCGAUUUUCUGGGGAGAGUCAUCGGGAGGCCUUUCACGUCCAAGUUAUCAUAUGGUGUUUGUUACAUCUCUGUAG